AUGGCCACGGAGGUGUUGCGGCCCCAGGACUGCCUGAUCCAGAGGAUCCGGGUCUCCCCGGCGUCUUACCCUCGCCGGAAGGCCUGCAACUAUGGGAACUCGUACUCUAACCCCAGCAGCAGAUCUAGCGCUAGGCCUAACAGGAGGCAGCAGAUGCAGCAGAUCCAGCAGCAGCAGCCGCAGCCGGCGAAGCCGGAGCAGCAGAGGAAGCGGUAUGUUCCCGCGCAGUCGGAGCCGUCGACCUCCUCGAGGUCCAGCUCCGACGACCUCAGCAAGCAGGCGAGGUCCGCGGGCCUCGUGAUGGAGAAGCCAGUCGUCGCGGCGGCGUCGGGCGACAUGGUCGUCUGCGACGGGACGCAGCGGCUGGGCCCCGACCCGGAGAUGGUCCCCAAGCAGGUCCGGAUCGUGGAUCUGAGGUCCCCGGCGCCGGCGCCGGCGGCGGGGAGGAGGAGGUGCGACAUGUACGCCGGAUCGGCGUUCGCGGUGUCGCCGGAGCCGAGCUCCCUCCCCCUCCCGUCGUUCUCGAAGAAGAAGCACGUCUCCUUCGACGACUCGGCGACCAGAGAUCUCCGGAGGCUGCUGCGUCUCGACUGA